AUCUUGGAUGGUAGCAGUCUGAAUUAUGACGUUAACCAACCGGUCACGUCAAGACAGCACUAAGCUGGGAGUCCACGUCCUGGUAGUCUUAUUGGGCAUUACGUCAUGGUCAAUCAUGAAUGGACUGUGGGUGGAGCUGCCCAUACUUGUUGUCCAUCUCCCCGAGGGCUGGAUAUUACCUUCAUAUCUGACCAUUAUCUGUCAGUUUGGUAACAUCGGUCCGAUAGUUUUUAGCCUGUUGGUUUAUCUGACUCCAAGAAAGAAGAUUGAGACACCAACAUCAUUCGUCAUUGUGGUAGCGCUGACUCUCUGUGCUGCGCUCUAUGGGUUCUUGUGGAAAAAAACAUCUCCUAUUGGUUCAAAUGUACACAGCGUCGCUCUGAUGUCUCUGACAUUAUGCCAAUCCAUUUUUGCAGCCACCACAUCCAUGGCUUAUUUGGCCUUCAUGUCCCACCUGAAAGCUCAGUAUAUAGGCAGUAUCUUUAUAGGGAUGAGCUUGAGUGGACUUAUUCCAGCACUAGCUGCUGUGGUUCAAAUCCCUGGAGAGGUGGAAUGCUUGAGAGGUGCAAUCAAUAGUACAAAUGAAUCAGUAGCCUAUCAAUUAAAGAAUUUUACUCAGAGUAAUUUAUUUGAUUUGAAUGCCUUUGAGCCUGUUAUAGAAGCAGCAAGCAAUCAAACUAUACAUAUGACCAGGCUUCUUCAAAACUCUAGCCAUUUUGAAAACACUCUCCAGCUUUACAAAGAGGAACCGUCCUUUUCAGUGAAGUAUUUCUUCUUGAUGCUGGCAUCACUGGGUGGGCUUUCGUUUUUGUCGCUAGUCUUGCUGAUCUACCAUCCUUAUUGUAAAACGGAACAUGCAGACAUCAAAAAGGAAGAUAAUUGCAGACUGGUCCCGAUAAAAAGAUCUAACAGUUCAGCCAAUGAUUCAAACAAUAGUCAAGGCGUAAAUCUAGAACCAACAGAACAAGCUCAGCUAGAUAAUAAGGAUGAACAAGAUGAACAACUUUCCAAAGCAGAGUCCUGGUAUUUGUUAGGUCUUCUGGCUUGGAUAAACAUGUUACAGACUAGCUUUGUGCUGGCUAUCCAGGUGUACUCCAGUCUUCCAUAUGGACUAUUCUUUUACAAUGGGGCAACCAAAGCAGAAAACAUAGUUGACCCAAUAGCUUGUUUUCUAACAAUGUGGGUGAAAGUCAAGUCUAUUAGAGUUAUCUCUUCAUUGACGUUGCUAGGGACGCUGUUCAGUGCAUACAUCAUCAUUGUAGCAGCCAUGAGUCCGAACCCAUUCCUAGUUAAACAUAUAGCAGGGGGCAUUCUUAUUAUUGCUGUCUGGAUUAUUAGUACUGUUCUGAAUGUCUUUGCCAAGGUCACGAUAGCAAGUGUCAUGCGAAGUCAAGGCCGGAUCUCACUCCUUUACACUGGGGGCAGCACCCAAACUGGUACCCUGAUUGGGGCUGUGCUUGCAUACGUCAUGAUCAAUGAACUGAGACUGUUCAAAGACAGCCCAUGGUGCUAAACAGAGAGAAUCGUGAUUGAAAAAUAGAUAGAUACAAAGAGUAUAUUAGCAUAUAUAGCAUGUUUUAUAUAUUAUAAGUGGCAAUGUCUUCGAAUCCAGAUUAUCUAUCAGUGCAGCUCUUCACAUGACUAAAUCAAGAUAAUAAGAAGUAUACCUACAACAUUUUAAAACCUUUUAAUUUAAUGGCAAUAUCUUCGAUUCGACAAUUAAGGAUGAGUAGAGUUUCAAAUGACUACGCUAACCCAUUUGAUAUUUUUAUAGUGGACUGUGGUUUGCGCAGACCAAAACCACUCUUUAGGCCGAAUGUUGACCACAGUGGCUCAGUAAUCUGAGACGUUUAUGGGCUGCAGAUGGCUGUGGGUUUUAUUUUGGUCUACAUUGCCACUCACAAAGUACCGUAUAAGUAAUACAAAAAUGUAACGCAUUUCAAAAUCUUCAAUGAUAGAUAGCUUAUAUAGGCCUAAUUAUAUUGAGAACAAAUGUCUUAAAGUCAGAAAACUGUACGUUGAACUAUAAUGCAC